UGACGUCACUUCCUCUCUCGUCCACUUCGGGGCGUCGCGGCGCGUCCCCUCGACCUCGGCGAUGGCGGCGCUGCGGGGCCUGCGGGGCCUCCCGGGGCUGCGGCUCCUCCCGGGCCCGGCCCGGCCUCUGCUCCGCCCGCGGGGCUGCCCCGGCUCCUGCCCCGGCUCCGGCCCGGGCCCGGCGCGGUGUCGGUGUCAUCGUUCCGGGGCCGGGGUCUGUCCCGGGGGUCUCUGCUGCUGCUGGGGGGUCUGGCGGGGGGGGGGGUCCCUGGCGCUGGCCCUGGCGCUGGGGGGGGCCCCCCCUGAGCGCGGGGGAGCUGGAGCUGCACCCCCCAAACUUCCCCUGGAGCCACGGGGGGGCCCUGGCGGCGCUGGACCACGCCAGGUACGGGGGGGGGAUUCUGGGGGGGCUGGGGAGGG